AUCAACUCAAUUCGCCACCUCGGCUUCUCCUUACUCACUCAUUUGUCGAUCAAAACAAACCUUGAUUAGCGUAAUGCUUUAUAUAACAAUAGUUUAGAAUCCAUUAAAAAAAAUCAAAUAUUCCCAUAAUUGGGGAAGAUGGAGGAUGAAGUAGUAGAGAUUCUGCUGCCGAAUAACAAACCGAAGCCGAAUCUAUCGCAGCGACAUUCCUGGAACGAAGCGAAUAUCGAGACAAAGAGCUACGGAUCGGGUCUAAAAUGGAUGUUUCUAGAUUAUUCUAGUAUGUGGCGAGCUUGGCUGUCGUGGUCCGUGUUUUUCGUCCUCAACAUCGGCUUCCCCAUCGUAUCCCACUUGGUAUUCUCCUGCUCCGACUGCGAUCCCAGCCACCAGAGGCCCUUCAACGCCAUCACUCAGCUCUCCCUCUCCCUCUUCGCCACCAUAUCCUUCCUCAACAUCUCCUCUUUUGCGCGAAAAUAUGGCCUUCGCAGGUUCCUGUUUCUCACUAGGUUGUCUGAAGAAUCCGAAAAGGUCCGCCACGGCUAUGCUCACCAGCUCCACACGUCGAUGAAGCUUUUGUCGGUGUUCGUGCUCCCUUGUUUCAUGGCAGAUACUGUGUACAAGAUAUGGUGGUUCAGCACAGGAGGAAACCAGAUUCCAUAUCUGUACAACAUCUACUUAAGCAAGUUUAUCAUCUGCAUCCUCCUCAUGUGCUCGUGGCUAUACCGCGUCUCAAUCUGCUUCCUCGUCUGCGUCCUCUUCCGUCUCACCUGCUACCUCCAGCUCCUCAGGCUCGACGAGUUCGCUCAGCUCUUCGAAACAGAGUCCGACGUGGCAGCCAUCCUGGUCGAGCAUCUCAGCAUCAGAAGAAACCUCCGCGUCAUAAGCCACCGUUUUCGCCUCUUCAUCCUAUCCACUUUGAUCCUCGUCACCAUAAGCCAGUUCGCUUCGUUGCUCGUCAUCACAGAGCCUAAAUCCAACGUCAACAUCGCCACAGCAGGGGAACUCGAGCUGUGUUCGAUCACUUUGGUGACGGGGCUGUUCAUCUGCCUUCGAAGUGCUGCGAAGAUCACGCACAAGGCGCAAUCGGUUACGUCUCUAGCGGCUAAAUGGCAUGCUUGUGCUACGAUCAGCUCGUUUGAUGAAGUGGACGACGUGACUCCUCCGGCUCAGAUUGCUGCUGCCGCGGCAGAUUGGGAUACGGAUAAUGAAGAGGGAGAUGGGGAUGAUGUGUUGGAUAACACCAAUUUGGUUCCAAUUUAUGUCAGUACUAUUUCUUACCAGAGGAGGCAAGCUCUAGUGACAUAUUUUGAGCACAAUAAAGCUGGAAUCACAGUGUACGGAUUUAUGCUGGAUAGAACUUGGCUACACACAAUAUUUGCCAUACAGCUUUCUCUCACACUUUGGAUCUUGAACAAGACUAUUGGGAUUUCAUAAUUUUAGGAGUUAUUUCAAAUGGUGUGGUUCAGUUUUGGUGAAAUUACUGCUUUCUUUCUCAAGGGAAGUUAUUAGUUAUUACUCCUACUUAUUACUAUUAGAAGUGAAGAGAUAUAUGUUAUGAGCCUUUGAUUUUGUUUGUAGUGAAUAACAUUGCAUAUAUAAUUAAUUUUCUCUAAAUAAG